AUGAACCUGGUUCGUCAUAUCUUCUCGGGCGGCUCGCCAGUACGGGCGCUUCCCAUAAGUGAGCCACCUCUCCCGCUAAACUACGUCCUGUCCGCCUUCCGCUGGCAUUUGGAUUCCCGACCGAGCAGUAAAGCCAUUCUUGUGCACGAUUUGUUCGGCUCCGCCGUCUCCUGGCAGCAGCUGCUCAACGAGAACCUCAGCAGGCUGCCAAUGUCGCAGUUGUCUCCCACGACACCGUUGGAGUUGUACGCUGUGGAGCUAAGAGGGCACAACCAUUCCGUGGCUCUACCGUGUCCAACCGAAGGGGAUAACUACACCCUGGCAUCCGCCGCUGAUGUUGUGUUACACCAGAAGCAAAUUCUGCGGACGGAUGCAAAGUUAGUGGGCCUUGGCUUUGGUGCCCUUGUGGCGUGUCAGGCCGCGCUGCACUCGCCGCUGUUGAGCUUUGAUUCCUUAACACUUUUUGUGAAUGGACCCUCGCAGUUGCUUUCGUGUGACCCUUCCCACUACCAACUGCCUUCCAUCUUGCAGGGAGUACCGCGGGGAGCCCGCUCGCUGGAGGAACUGGAGCAGUACCUGCGGAAAAAGGUGCCAAAUGCCGUUGAACGAGCGUUGAUCUUUGCUGCUGCGGAACGGCACGACGGUGGACUGCGGUUUCGCUUCAGCGAGGAGCUCCUUAAGUUGCAUGGGCCAUGUACGGGGGCCACUGAUAUCGCUGAGGGUAUUGCCUUCGAGAAACGGGUCACCGUUAUUCACUGCGGCAAUGAAGCGUUUCCACAGGAGGCAAAGGACCGCUUCCUGAAACGUUUUCCCCGUGCAAUGUUUCUUCAAUUUAAGGGAGAUAGGAGUGCGGGAAUUGCCGGUCUGUACGCACAGGGCAGCACCUUUGUAUGCACCUUUCUUGAGGCGCUUGAAAUGCUUGGCAGCGUCGAAGGGGAAGAGAAGGAGGGAGUGCAGGGGGAAUAA